AUGAAAGUGUCGUGGAAUGUCAUUAGAAACAAAGAGUUAAUUAAAAAAUCUGUUUUCUGUCUAAGCAACAUUAGCAAAUGCCACGGAAAUGAUGUCGAAGAAUAUCUGACUACUAACGGGAUUAGAGUUUUAUCAUGCUAUCCAGUCGUUAAACAGUUUAAGAAAAAAUCGACAGCAUCUGAAAAUAGUAUUGAUAACAACACAGUCAACUAUUCUGAUGAUAAAACUAAAGAUGAUAUAGAGUCCUCUAUGUUCAGAGUUUGCAUUGAUAGAAAUGACGUUAAAAAAAUAAAGGACCCAGCGAUAUUGCCGCAACACAUUAUAGUGCGCGAGUGGCAAUUUAAUAAAAAAGCUCAAGUUACUGUUGAAAAAACAAAGAAAGAUGGAUAA